UGAAUCUUAAUUCUGGGCUUUCUUGGUUCCGAGCAACCCGACUGUCUUAGCGUUAUUAGUAUAAUUCUUUUGCUCGUGUGAAGAGGGUGCCUCUGGAUUGGCAUAACAGAAUUCGAACUACAUUUACAUGAUGGGUUCGUUGUCCGGUAUCUUUCAACGCCCUCUUGUGGCAGCCGCUGCAGUUGCCGCAGCAUCCGUCACAGCUGACCUACCCGACAAAUUAUGUCCUUCGAAAUCAUCGAUCGCUUGCUCCAAUCCGGAGCAGCUCGACUCUUUGUGUACAUCUAACGCAAUGCGUGACUCAGAUUCAUCAUGGGUUUCGCAAAUAUCAGCCUCGAAGCUUUCGAGUUUGUCAUUUGUGAGCAGAAUCCGAACACCUCUUCCCAACACUAAGGAUCGAUUUCCUCAUUUGGGUCACAAUCUUAAUUCGAAUUUCUCACGCUCUUUUGUUGCGGCUUCUCCGACCUUAGUAAAUUUAUAUCAAUCUGCGGAGUUGGUGAAAGGACCGAAGCCUAGCACAUCUGCGAGUGCACUCCCUACCUCAGCUUCGGCUUCAGCUUCUGAUGUUCUGUACAGAUGGCAUUUACCUGAACUGCAUUCUCUAGACAUUUCGGGGUAUUCAGAUUGUUCUUCAGAAAAGCAAAGGACAGUUGUGGUGUUAUUGGGCUGGUUGGGAGCGAAGCAGAAGCAUUUGAAGAAAUAUGCGGAGUGGUACACUUCAAUGGGAUUUCAUGCUAUAACCUUCACCUUUCCCAUGGCCAAGAUUAUGACUUACCAGGUUGGAGGCAAAGCAGAGCAGGAUAUAGAGUCACUUGUGAAGCAUCUGGCUGAUUGGUUAGAGGAUGAGCAUGGGAAGAAUAUCGUUUUUCACACUUUUAGCAAUACUGGAUGGUUAACAUAUGGAGCAAUUUUGGAGAAGUUUCAGGAGCAGGAUCCUUCUCUGAUGGGAAAAAUAAGGGGUUGCAUCGUAGAUUCUGCUCCAGUUGCGGCACCAGAUGCUCAGGUGUGGGCAUCUGGUUUCUCUGCGGCAUUCCUGAAAAAGCAUAGCGUGGCAACAAAAGGAUCCUUAUGCUCGAAUGAGUUGGCCCCAGGGGUGUUGGGUAGCCAUGUAGUGGCCUCGGACCCAAAGCCUGCAGUAAGCGAAGCAGCUUUGCUGUUGAUUCUGGAGAAGUUCUUCCAGGUUGUUUUGAAUCUUCCUUCUGUAAACAGGAGGCUUAACAAUGUCCUGGAAGUAUUGUCAUCUCGACCGCCGAGUUGUCCACAGCUAUACAUUUAUAGCUCAGCAGACCGAGUCAUUCCUUCAGGGUCCGUGGAGUUGUUUAUAGAGGAGCAGCGGAGGAUGGGCCUCGAGGUCAGAUCCUGCGAUUUUGUCUCGACACCUCACGUCGAUCAUUUUAGAAGUAACCCACAAUUGUAUACCACCCAGCUUACCCAUUUUUUGGAGGACUGCGUCCUUACUUGCUGCAGAAGACUUUCAUGAGCACUAACCACAGAAAGGGACAUAGUAUAAACUGGUUUUUGUCUCUAUUCUUUUCCUCUUUCUUGACAUAAUUCUCAUCUAUAAAUGAGUAAAUGAUUCUUUCUCCUUGAAAAUUCGUUGAUUUGAGAGGUGAGCAAUCACCAUGCUGGGAAGAGACACAGAGAUAUGAACAUAUUGUAAAUUUUACUACAUUGCAAUACAAAA